AUGGACAACUUCGACUCGCUACUUGCAAACAUAAACAGAAAUUAUAUACAUCCGCCUCCUGAAAUUGAUGAAGUAUUAAACCUUUUUAAUUCUAAGAAGCCUAUGCGCGACAAUGACAGAUGCCAUGCCUAUAGGAUACUUAGAUAUUCUGUUUCAAAGGAAUGCAAGAGAAUAGGAGAAUUUAAUGCUAAUCUUAUAGGCCGAGUCACGAACCAAUUAUGGAAAACUUCCACAACACAAGAAAAGUCGGAAUAUUGUGAUCUAGCACAGAGA